AUGUCCUCCCAGGUUACACCACCUCCACCACCGUCUAACCGCAAGCCCCGGUCCAAGGUCAAGUCGGGAUGUAAAACCUGCAAAGUCCGCAAGGUCAAGUGUGAUGAGGGUCGUCCUGCUUGUCGCAGAUGUCUCUCAACAGGCCGCGUGUGCGACGGCUACGGAAUCUGGGGUGGAGGAAACGCGCGCUACACCCAGAGACAAGGGGGCCUCUUUGAGUCCAAGACCAAGGAUGCACGCGUCCCUAUCUACCCGGCCGCGUCAAUAUCUCGCCCUAUCCAGCCAAGUCUCGCUCUGACUUUAAGCCCUCAGCAAAAGAUAUACUUUGACUGGUUCAAGUGUCGAACCGCGUCCAAGCUCCCGGGCACGUUCACGUCGAGUUUCUGGAACACCCUCGUCUUUCAGGCCGGGUCAUCCGAGCCCGCCGUCUUGAACGCCAUCCUCGCCUUGAGCUCCGUCCACAAAGGAGAUGCCAUCGGAGUAGGCCUACAAAAAAGCCGUCAAGAUGCUCUAAGAAAUGAGCAGGAACAGUUCACGCUGCAACAUUACGUCAAGGCAAUAAGUCACCUCCAACCACACUUCUCAACAAAGGACAGAACCUCUUGUCGCAUCGCUCUCAUCGCCUGUAUCGUUUUUGUUUGCAUGGAGUUUCUCCGAGGUCACUUCAAGACGGCACAGCUUCACCUCGCAAACGGACUCGAAAUCUUAGGACACUUGCAGGGACAGUCUGAUCCAAGCUCUGGCAUUCUCACUCUGAAACAAUGCCAUGAUCCAACAGAUGAUUGGAUUGUUGAAGCAUUCUCAAGACUACACAUUCAGGUAGAGCUCUUCAGAUACCUCUAUCAACACCCAUGCAUCAUCCUCCAACCAGCUUUUGACCCUCAAAGGACACCGACUAGUCAUAUCCGCUCACUCAGCGACGCCUGGAGGCAGAUGGAACCGAUUCUCAACAAUAUUUUUCAUCUCACACAACAAGCCCGCCAACAUCCCAUCACAACAAGAGAACACACAACUCAGCAGCUCAUAAAGGCAAAACUCGCUCAAUGGCUAAACAUGUUUGAAGCCUUCAACAAAACCCAGCCAUGUGAAGGAUCCGGCGAUCUAGAAAAGGCCUAUCAGGUCCUUCGCGUCAACCACACCAUGGCAACCAUCAUGGCAGAUACGUGUCUACACAGCGAUGAAUCCAUAUAUGACGUCUACACAGACCGGUUCCUCUUGUUGAUCACACAACUAACGAGAUUAUGGGUGGUAUCCGCAGAAACCGAGGAUUUCUCACUCAAUUGGGAUCUCAUGUACAUGCCCAGAUCCAUCAUCGACAUCGGCUGGAUCGCACCGCUCUACUUCACAGCCGUCAAGUGCCGCGUCCACCGCAUAAGGCUACAAGCAAUCAAACUCCUACCAUGCAGCGGUCACAGAGAAGGAAUCUGGGAUUCAACCAUAGCAGCCUGCGUCGCCAGAAAAGUCAUGGAGAUGGAGGAAGGUGACUUCUACCAAGGCCUCGAUCUGGGAGAUGACUUUUCCGUAGAGACUCUUCCGCGGCCGCAGGACUUGGCGUUGCCGUUGCUUCCAGAGUCACGCAGGUUGAACGAGGUUGAGCUGGAGCUGUCUGGUGCUCCGAUGGAUAGGAUACUGUUGUUCUGCAAGCAGCAGCAUGGUGUAAAGCGGAGGGUUCUUAUAUCGCAGUAUAGCGUUCUGUUGCAUUUAUGGGUAGAUACAUGA